CCUCCAAUUUCAAACUUGAAACAACCCAACACACAGUAUUCAGCAUUCAGUAUUCAUCAAAGCCAAGCUAGCUAGUAGCUAGCUUGCUAUGGUAACAAACAACAUUAACGAAUUGGAAGAUCUCGGCCAGUACCCUUCCCCUUCACAGCGCGAGCGAGAGUUCUCCAUCAUGGUCUCCGCUCUCAUUCACGUCCUCUCCGGCGCCAAGGCAACUUCUCCUUCCACCUCCGAACCACCACCACCAUCUAGCAUUCUGCCACUUCCUGAAGCUUACACCUGUGGUCUCUGUGGGAUCCACGGUUGUCUGGGUUGUAAUUUUUUUGCCUCCUCCUCGUCUUUAUCCUCUUCUAUGCAGCAGCAGGAGUCGACCUCGGCAGCAGCUAGUGACAGUAGUAAGAAAGGGAAAAAGAGAAAGAAAGGCAAUAAAAACUAUAGGGGUGUGCGACAGAGGCCUUGGGGAAAGUGGGCUGCAGAGAUUAGGGACCCUCGAAGGGCGGCCCGCGUCUGGCUCGGAACUUUCGAUACCGCUGAAGAGGCUGCUCGUGCUUACGACAAGGCCGCCAUUGAGUUCCGCGGAGCUCGAGCCAAGCUCAAUUUCCCAUUCCCUGAUAACACUGCAGGUACCAGUAGCGCAGAGAACCAAAACUUAGACACCCAACAACAACAGCAACAUUUACAGCAGCAGCAACAGGAAGAAGAGAAACCAUACACUACUCACAGUACUGCAUGUAUGCAGCAAGAGUCAUUUUUAUCCCCUCCGGAGACGGUAGAGUUGGCACCUGAAACCAUUAACAAGCAAGAGAAUUUCUGGGAUUUAGUAGGCGAUGAUCAGCUUGCGUUCGAGGAGUGGAUGUUCAAGCUCGUGAAUGAUUCAUCCAGUGGACUUCCUACUUUCACAGCGUCUGGCGACACCGCCACUUUCGAUGUCUCCCAGCGUCAGCGAGACCUCUCUCCCAGCUGAUUAAAAAAAAAUUCGUGGAAU